ACCUGGACUCAACCCUGACAACAUCAACAACUUCCGGCCCAUCUCCAACCUCCCUUUCCUGUCGAAAAUCCUUGAACGUGUCAUUGCAUCACAAAUCAAAGCCCACCUCGACAAUAACAAUCUUCACAAACAGUUUCAAUCAGGAUUCCGCACCCACCGCAGCACCGAAACUGCCCUCAUCAAAGUCACCAACGACCUCCUCAUUUCUGCUGACUCCGGCCGACUCUCCAUCCUCAUCCUCCUUGACCUCUCCGCCGCUUUUGACACCAUCGACCACGCCAUCCUCCUGUCCCGCCUACACUCCCUCCUCAUUAUCACAGACACCGCUCUUAACUGGAUCCACUUAUGUCUCACAGACCGGAAUCACUUCAUCCACAUCAACAACUGCUCCUCCACUGCUCCUCCACUGCACUGACCUCACCAGAUUCAAGACUCUUCUCAAAACCCACCUCUUCCGCACUGCCUUUCAUCCUCCUCUGUCCACCACACAUCCAAGCAGAGACAGUUUAAUGAUCCACUGAUAUUAUUCACAUCCCGUGCUCGCAGUCAGCGCGUUUCAUCCAUUUGCAUUGUUUAAAAAAAUUUUUUGGCUUGCUUUAGCUUCAGGUGUCCUGAUAGAGACCGACAGCAGGAGCAUCUCUGGACCUGGUACUGAGUCCAGACCACAGGUACAGACAGGCCGUGACUACACUCACCGGCCACUUUAUUAGGUACACCAUGCUAGUAACGGGUUGGACCCCCUUUUGCCUUCAGAACUGCCUCAAUUCUUCGUGGCAUAGAUUCAACAAGGUGCUGGAAGCAUUCCUCAGAGAGCUUGGUCCAUAUUGACAUGAUGGCAUCACACAUCCAUGAUGCGAAUCUCCCGUUCCACCACAUCCCAAAGAUGCACUAUUGGAUUGAGAUCUGGUGACUGUGGAGGCCAUUUGAGUACAGUGAACUCAUUGUCAUGUUCAAGAAACCAGUCUGAGAUGAUUCCAGCUUUAUGACAUGGCGCAUUAUCCUGCUGAAAGUAGCCAUCAGAAGUUGGGUACAUUGUGGUCAUAAAGGGAUGGACAUGGUCAGCAACAAUACUCAGGUAGGCUGUGGCGUUGCAACGAUGCUCAAUUGGUACCAAGGGGCCCAAAGAGUGCCAAGAAAAUAUUCCCCACACCAUGACACCACCACCACCAGCCUGAACCGUUGAUACAAGGCAGGAUGGAUCCAUGCUUUCAUGUUGUUGACGCCAAAUUCUGACCCUACCAUCCGAAUGUCGCAGCAGAAAUCGAGACUCAUCAGACCAGGCAACGUUUUUCCAAUCUUCUAUUGUCCAAUUUCGAUGAGCUUGUGCAAAUUGUAGCCUCAGUUUCCUGUUCUUAGCUGAAAGGAGUGGCACCCGGCGUGGUCUUCUGCUGCUGUAGCCCAUCUGCCUCAAAGUUCGACGUACUGUGCGUUCAGAGAUGCUCUUCUGCCUACCUUGGUUGUAACGGGUGGUUAUUUGAGUCACUGCUGCCUUUCUAUCAGCUCGAACCAGUCUGGCCAUUCUCCUCUGACCUCUGGCAUCAACAAGGCAUUUCCGCCCACAGAACUGCCGCUCAACGGAUAUUUUUUCUUUUUCGGACCAUUCUCUGUAAACCCUAGAGAUGGUUGUGCGUGAAAAUCCCAGUAGAUCAGCAGUUUCUGAAAUACUCAGACCAGCCCUUCUGGCACCAACAACCAUGCCACGUUCAAAGUCACUCAAAUCACCUUUCUUCCCCAUACUGAUGCUCGGUUUGAACUGCAAUUGUCUUGACCAUGUCUACAUGCCUAAAUGCACUAAGUUGCCGCCAUGUGAUUGGCUGAUUAGAAAUUAAGUGUUAACGAGCAGUUGGACAGGUGUACCUAAUAAAGUGGCCGGUGAGUGUAACUCACCAUGUCGGAACCGAGGCGCGUUCCGUGUCCCAGUGGAAGAAGACGAGGAAAUAAAUAACUGAGCCGGCCGACCAGAAACAGCGCUAAAAACUUAAAUUUUUCACACGAAUGGAUGAGACGCUGACCACAAGGUUGUAAACGAGAUUCAAACAGGAUGUAAACGGGAAUAAUAUCAGUGGAUUAUUAACCUGCUGGAGCUGGAUGACUGAUAAUGCUGACUGUUUUAGACACCAAAGUUGGGGUAAGAAGGUAAGAAAAUUUUCCCUCCGUUAUUUCAGUCAGAUCUCCGUUAAACAGUGGAGACUCUGGUGAUGAAGUUUAUUACACUGAAUACCAAUGUUUACAUCUGAUCGCUGCUGCUGCUGCUGCUGCUGCAUGCAUAUGUGAGCUGCGGAAAAGCUGCGGAGAAUCACCGGCAGUUUGAGCGGCAAAUGAUGAAAAUGCAAAGUUAUUUUUUUUCAUACAGUGUAUAAUUGGUUGGAGCAGCCUGGCGCAAAACAAAAUGCCCCUCCUCUAGUGAGUUUACUCGUCUUUGGCUCUCAUUCGCCAUUUCAGCCAUCCUAAUCUGCUCUCAUUCACUUGUCAGUAUGCAGGCUACACAACCGAUUACGUCAUGCGAAGUGGCACUGCUUUACGGUUCCCCGCAGUGUCGCUAAAGUGGACCUAGAACUCAUAGAUACAAAAACAAGAGAGUGAAAGUGAAACGAUGAAGACGAGAGAAAACUCCAGAAGGAACUUCAGUUCAGGAGAAAACGGAGAAUUUUAUACAAAGAGGUCAGAAAAAGAAGAAGAAGGACAUCUGCUCAUCAUUAACUGAUCAAUAAUUGAUCAAAUCUGAAUGAUCGAUCAAUCAGAGUUCAUGCUGAUUGGUUUCAUUGAAGACUUUCCAACAUGGUUUCCCUCAGAUUUCUGAAGAACACCUUCUUCUCCCUCUUCUCCCAGUACUCCCAGUUAUAACUACGCUCCAAACCCAGACAAACACUGGAUCAUGCGUUACACCGGUCCAAUGAAGCCCAUCCACAUGGAGUUCACCAACGUGCUGCAGAGGAAGAGGCUGCAGACGCUGCUGAGCGUGGACGACAGCGUUGAGAAGGUAACCGACCCAAACACACACACACACACACACACACACACACACACACACACACACACCCACACACUGAUGUUAACUCUGUAACCUCUCAGCUCUAUCAGAUGCUGCUGGAGACGGGCGAGCUGGAGAACACCUAUAUCAUCUACACGUCUGAUCAUGGAUAUCACAUCGGACAGUUUGGUCUGGUCAAAGGUAAACCUGGGGCUGAGGGAUCAGGGUCAGUCCACAAUCUCAGGGUCAGCGUUGAGAUGUUUCAAUGAAACAAACUUCAGAGCUUCAGGUUUUCAGAUGGUAGUCUGGACUAAAGGAACCUCUGCAGUCCUGUGAAAACCAUCAUGAUCUUCGGAGAAGGUCUGUGAGGAGGACCUGAACUCUUUCUGUCCUCAUAAACCCGGUUCUGUCCAGGGAUGAACAUGAGACCCUCAGGGGGGCUCAGCCCUGAAGAAACCAGGACAGAGAGAGUUUUAAAGCGCUGACUUCACCGAUUUUAGUCUGACAUGAGAGUUUGAAGACAAGUUUUUUUCAGUCAAAGAAAUAAUUUGGAUUUGACAGAAACCAACAAAAAAUUAAAGAUUUGGACUGAAGAGGAAAAAUCUAAGAGUCAAACACACACAACACACACGGACACACAACACGCACACAGACACACAACACACACCGUACAGCUGACAAAGUACACACUGACACCUGUUCUCUGUCUGCAGGUAAAUCAAUGCCCUACGAGUUCGACAUCAGAGUUCCUUUUUACAUCCGAGGACCAAAUGUGGAGCAGGGCAGCAUGUAGGUCUGACACACACACACACACACACACAGUAAACUCUCUGGACUGUCUUUAGGUCUGAACUCAGGGUGUGAAGAUUCACUGAUUCAUAUUGGCAGUCCGAUACAAACGUUUGCGAUGCGACUGCACUGGUAGAUUCAAGGAGCAUCAGAUAUAAUUUAGGGGUGAAUUUUAGUUAGGGUUAGGGCUCUGGUAAAUCUCGUUAAAUUUGUAAAUUUGUAAUUUAAUUGUAAAAUUCAUGUCCUCUUUUCUGAGGUAACCUGAAUGCACCAUUGCGUCCUCGGGCACUGAGGUGUUGUACACAACAAAUAUAGAGGCAAACGAGAACGAAGGUAGCAGCAACCAAAAAAGACACACAAAACAAACGUGGUAAUAUUUCAGGUUUUUUCAAGCGAGGAGCUCAACUUGACAAGAGGCACGCAAUUUACAAACAAUGCCGUGCGGCGCUCAAGUACAUCAGUAGGUCAACGAACCUGAUGACGCACAUGAAAAGACGUCAUGGCAUGGAUACCUCUGCGGCUGCUCCCCCUCCUCUGACAGUCGUUUGUGUUGCUGGUCAUAUUAUUUGCUCAUUGUUAAUUCUGUGCUCUGAAACUGUUCAACAUUUUAUAUAAUCAUAGAGACAGAGAACAUAAUUAGAAGUUCUUAUUACAAAUAUAACUGAAUGCUCUGUCUGUACAGACUGAAAAAUGUUUUUUUUAAAUAUGAUUUAUUCCAUAAAAAAAAGACCAAAUAUUAAAAACAUUCUUCAAAUUAACACAGAGAGUAAAUCAGAAUUGUGCUAAAAAACCUGAUGUGGGCAAAUACUCUCUCGUACACACAUACACUACAGGCCAAAAGUUUGGAAGCAAGAUCAGAUUUGUACAAAAAAAGAUCAUAGUUUCAUAUAUAUAAUUUGCAACACAAUAAACAUGACUAUUGUGUAAAGAGUAACUUAUCAGAAGACUUUUUGUCUAUAAUUAUUAGGUAUUUAAGCUUUUCUUGCUUAGACUUUGCUUUCUUUAAAGUAACCUCCUCUGGCUUUAACAACAGCUUGGCAUAUACCAGGCAUUCAUUCCACAAGUUUUUAAGGUAUGUUCCAGGGAUUGCAUUCCAAGCUUUCUUAAGUUCAUUAUAAAGAUACUGCUGAUUCGUGGGACACGUUUUUCUGACCGACCGAUCCAAUUCAUCCUGCACAAGCUCAAUUGGAGAAAGGUCUGGAGACUGAGGGGGCCAAACCAUCUUUUGAAGGACACCUUCCUCUUCUUUUUUGCCUAGGUAACCCUGACAGAGCUUGACAGAGUGCUUAGGGUCAUUGUCUUGCUGCAAAACAAACUUAAGAGCCACAAGUCUUAGUCCAGAUGGAGCAGCAUGGUGCUGGAGGAUGGAGUGUUACUGUUCCUUCUUCAUGAUACCCUUUACUUCAAACAAAUCUCCUACUCCAUCACCUGCAAAACAUCCCCAUACCAUGGAACUACCACCUCCAUGCUGAAUUGUGGGUGUAACACAUGGAGCUUUCAGACGUUCACCAGUUUGUCUGCGGACAUAGACUCUGCGUUUUGAACCAAACAGUGCAAACUUGCUUUCAUCAGUCCGGAGAACUUGUUUCUAGUCAUCACAAGUCCAAUUUUUGUGAGCUUUUGCCCACUCAUAUCUCCUUUUCUUGUUCUGUGGACGAAGUAGUGUUUUUUUGCAGAUACACAACCCUUCAGACCAGCCUUUCUCAAACGUCAUUUCACGGUUGUCAGAGAUAUGGGUUUCGACCUUGUCAUGUUGAUUUCCUCCCUUAUUUGUGGUGCUGUCUUUUGCCGAUCUCUCUUAUUGGUGACAAUGCUAUGUUUAUCCUCUGCUUUUUUAGUAACUUUCUUUAGUCCAGGUCUUUUUCUAUCAUCAUAACUUCCAGGUUCCUCUAGUCUCUUCAGAGUGUAGUGGACUCCUUUGUUAAACACCUUUAGUCGUUUUGCAGUUUCUCUUUCUGUGUAUCCUUCUUUCCUCAAUGUACAAAUCUGUACUUUUGUUUCUUUACUCAGUUGCUUCUUUCUAGCCAUUUCUGCGGUAGUCUAAACGCAGUUAAGAUUUAUUAGGAUUUUUGUAUGCAGACUCUUAAAAACCAAAAAGUUGAAGUGAAUAAUCCAACUGUGAUUUUUUUUUUUUGCUUUUGCACUGAAGUUGUGACUCUUGCAAAUGUUUUCAACCCUAAAACUAAGCCCUUAUUAUCUUUUGCUGACAUAUAUUUAGCAACGGUCUGUUAACAUCAAUGUAUAUCUAAAGGUAAAUGGAGUAAAAUGGUGCAUUUCCAUGAAAGCAUUAUCUGAUCAUGGAGUAAAUACAUCCCAAAAUACAUAAAACUCAUGAUGAAUUUAAAAAAAAGCAAAAACAAAAACUUGAAGUUACUCCCAACUGUUCGGCCUGUAAUGGCCUUGCUUCCAAACUUUUGGCCUGUAGUGUAACUGUGUCGAAUUAUCACACAGUUUCAAAAAGAAUCCUUUUAUAAUUAAGUCAUAUCAUUAUUAAAUGAUUUUUGAAUCGCAUCAUAUCGACGGGAGCUUCAAUGCAUCGUUAAUGUUCUGUAUCGGUGGCAGCACAGAACAUGCGUAUCUAAUCUGCAUCAGUGGUGGAAAUAAACAUCCCUAGUUGUGACCUGUGUGUGUGUGUGUGUGUGUGUGUGUGUCUCUCUCUCAGUAAUCCUCACAUCGUUCUGAACAUCGAUCUCGCUCCGACCAUUCUGGACAUCGCCGGUCUGGACACGCCCCCUGACAUGGACGGGAGGUCGAUCCUGACUCUGCUGGACACGGACGGACCUGCUAACAGGUGCGUGCACACACACACACACACACACACACACACACACACACACACACACACACACACACACACACACACACAAACCUGGUUUCUGUCAGAGUUGUCUCUUUGGUUACCUUCCCACUGCAGGUUAUGUUGCACAAUGUGUUAUGUUGUAAAUCAGUUCCUCACUCCUCACUGGGUUUUCUGCUGGAUCAGUUUUUUCCAGACCUGAUUAUGAGCUCAGAUCUAAAAUGUUCGGCUCUUCUUCUUCUCCUUUGUUUUUUCUUGAUUUAACAAGUUUUCUCCUUGGUUCUAUUUUCAUCUUCAGAUGAUUUACAAACCCUCGUUUUUUUUAGUCCACAUGUCGGCUGAGAGGAGCAGAUUUAGAUUCUGGUGUUAUUAGAGAGAUUUAUUUAAAGUGAAGAGUGAGCAGCUGUUUUUUCCUCUCUCUCUGUUCUUGUGCUGACAGCGGUGCGUUAAAAACGAGGUUUGAGCUUCAACAAAACAAACUUCAGAGGAAACUUCAGUCACUUUAAAGGUCCUCACACACCAGGAACGACACAAAUAUACGAUGCAAAAUUACAAAAUAUUCGGAGGUGAAUUUUGACGCGCCUGACUAUACACAUCAAGCUCGAUGCGAUUUUGCAACUUUCCGGGGGUAAAAAGACGCGUUGCGGGUGGAAGCGAGACGACUAGCACAACAGCAGACUAACUGUUUUCAGUUCUGUUUAGACACUAGUGUUGAAAUGGCUGUCUGUCAUGAUAGCAUGUACUGAGUCGGGGCCAGUACCAGAUGAGCACAUUAAACUAUAAUCCAUAAACGAAAGUAAACAACAGAGACCUAAUGAUGCUGUGAUUGAGUUUGAGACAGUGAAAAUACAUAUGGUAUGUUGUAUCUGAACAGGUUUGCUUACAAGCUGAAGUUACUUAGCACAGAUGAAAGUUAAAACAAAGACGUUUAGCAAACUGAUAAAGCACACAAACCAUCGUCAUAUGAGAAAUCCAACGCUAUGACUCUCCAUAAGUUGUCCUUCAGGUUGUUAUCGUUGUAAUAUUUGUGUUUUUUAUCAAAAAGCACUCUGUUCUCCGACACGUAAACAAUCAGCCGGUCGGCCAUGUUGGAUAUACCGGUGAAUCUGACGUUGUAACAACACGCAAUCUGAUUGGUCAGUAGUGGACACACAGUAUGUGAAACUUUAGAAAAAUCAACUGUGAUCUGAAAAAUGCCACAAUAUUGCAGGACGGGAAAACAUUGCUGAUGUGAACGCUUGAAUUGACAGGAUACGGGUUAGAAAAAAAAUUAUUGAUGUCCAAAAUAAUCGCAUUAAAAAAAACGCUCCCAGUGUGAAAGGACCCUAACGCACGAGUCUGACCUGUUUGUGGAGGAAAGAGAUCUAUUAAUCUAUGAGACACACUCAUGUUCUCAAAAGUGUGUUUUCUCUUUAGCUCAGUUCUGUGUCUGAGAUGACAGAUGAUGAAAAAAUCCAAAAUAUGAUCUCAUAAUCUAAAGUCUAAAGAUUAUAGCAGACAAAGUCGAGCUUUUAAUCUGUGAAAUUAACGAACCUCGUUUACCGACUGCUCCACCAAACAGACUCCAGACUGAGGUCAGUAACUCUUCUCUUCUUCCUCCUUCUCAGGUUCCAGGUCAACAAGAAGCCGAAGAUCUGGAGAGAUUCAUUUCUGGUGGAAAGAGGGUAAAAACAAAAAACCUGUUUAUCUCCUCAUGGUUUGAUACAGAUGGAGCUGAGAAGAUCAUUGAGAUAAAAGGCUGUUUUUAUCAUUCCUCACAGUUUCUUAAAGCAGGUUUUUGUUUUUCCCAGAAUCUAAAGUCUCUGAAUCUUAUGAAAAAAAAGAUCUCCAGGAUCUUAGAGAAGCUCUGUGGGAUCUUGUUUCUCAGGAUCUGCUUCAAGUUCAGAUCCAUCCAUCCUGUUUUUCUUCUGGGAUCUUCAAAAAGUUCUGAGAAUCUGGAUCAGGUUUUACAAAGACAGCAAAAGGUUCUCAGGAUCUGAAAAAUGUUCCUCUAGAUUCACCAAAAGUUCAUCAAGAUCUGUCUGAACUUUUGUAAGAUCCAAAAACAGGUUUUUGUGAUCCAGUUUCUGUAGAUUUUAGUAAAGAUUCUUUCAAAGUUCUGGUUCAUGAGGUUUAUAAGGAGUUUUCUCAGAACCAGGUCAAAGUUUCUGAGAUCUGCUGAUCCAGGAUUCAUGUGUCCCAGUUUUGAGUCCCACUAAAGGUUUUGGGGUCUCCACCCUAUGGUAAAAGUAUUGUGAUAUCUUGUUUCCCAGGAUCAGUCAAAAACCUCUGAGAUUCUUUCAAGUGUUGUCGAGAUGCAGCCCAGGUUUGGGGUUUUGUCUGAAAAUUUCAGGAUCUUGCAAAAGUUUCCAUCCAGUCAAGAUCUGGUCAACUUUGACUCGAUUUAGCAGAAGUUUGUAGGAUCUCAAAGAGGUUUCUGGGUCUGUCUUUGGUUCCUUAGUUGGUUCUCAGGGUCUCAGAAAAGGUACAAGGACCCCAAUAAGUUCCUGGGCUUAUGUCGGGUCCCUAAUAGUUCCUGGGAUCUUGCUGAUGUUCAUUUGAAUCUUGCUAACUCAGUACCUGGUUCAGAAGAUCCCACCAAAGAUCUUGAGAUUCUCCAAAAUGCUCUCUUCAGGUCUAUCACAGGUCUGUCUAGAUCAGGGGUGUCAAACUCAAAUACACAGCGGGCCAAAAUGUAAAACUUGAACAAAGUUGUGAGCCAACAUUGAACAAAUUGAACCUUUUAAUAUGGACCCAAAAAUGUUUGCUUUAAUAUUAAAUAUGGAAAAAGCAAUGCUUAUUUAACUUAAAACCUUGUAGGUACUUUCAUCAUGCACUUUUUUACAAACUCUCCCUCAUUAAAGGGCCGGACUGAUUUUGCAAUCUCUGCUGCCACAGUGUAACUAGCCUUAACAGCAGCUUCACUUUGUGAUGUGGCUUUUUUGAAUAUAUUCUGUUGUGAAACCAAACAUCUUUUCAUCUCCUCUACUUUCUGGCUCCUUUGAGUCAUGUCGAGGUCCUUGUACUUGCCCUGGUGUUUCAUUUCAUAGUGUCGUCCAAUGUUGUACAAUGUUGUGCAGUGUGAACAUAGCCUUAGUUAUAGACUGGCUGGCUCCACAAACAAGACAAACAGGUCUGUCUUUUACGUAUGUAAACAGAUAUUCUGCCUCCCACCUGUCCAGAAAACUCCUGUUUUCUGACCUUCUUUUCGCCAUUUUUGGGAAGGGGUAACACAGUGAUAGUUGUAGUAUGAGGUCACUAUGACUACUGUCACAGAGGAGAGGGCAUUUCUGGGUCCUGUCCUGUUUGACGCGCCAAAACAGCAGCAGAUGAGAUUUGUAGUAUUAGUGAAUGCGCUGUAUAAUACAGGCGGGCCAGCUCUAGUAGUCAUUUAGUAUUGCCUCGCGGGCCAAAUAUAAUUACAUUGCGGGCCAAAUUUGGCCCUCGGGCCAGAGUUUGACACCCAUGGUUUCAGAUCCUCGUAGGAUUCUCAAGAAGACGAUUCAGAGUUUCUGAUCCAGGUCCCUCUGGAGUUUGAGACCACAUGUGGUCAUGUGACCUCUAACCUCACCUCUGGUUCCUGUGCCAACAGGAAGUUGUUGCACCAGCGAGUGGAGGGAAAGGAAGUGUCAGCGGAGGAGAACUUCCUGCCGAAACACCAGCGAGUCAAAGACCUGUGUCAGCGAGCUGAGUACCAGACCCCCUGUCAGCAGACUGGACAGGUGCGGCACCAAUCCCAGACCAGAACAAAUCCAGACCAGUCCAGACCCCUGAGGCAGACCUGAUCCCUCAGUCUCUCUGUAGACCCUCAGUGUGUUUACAUGUACAGUUUAAUCAGACUAAGCUCAUAAUUUGUUUUUUUGCCGAAACAGGCUUCUCUCCUUGUCUGUGUAUACAUGCAGCUGAGAAAAUCGAAUUAUUGACAUGAACGUGUCCUCCUCCCCGUCUUUUCAGCGGCGCUGUUUCCGACCCGGACUAUGCUGUUACAUGGUAGAGAAAAUCGAAUUCCACUCACAUUAUCUGGGUGUCUUAAUCGGAGUUCUCAAGCUCUGAUUAUAGUCGGACAAAGGUGUUUAUAUGACCUUCAGUUGUCCGGUCUUAAAGUCCUUUCACACCGGGACCGUUUUUGUCAUGGGAUUAUUUCAGACGUCAAUAUUUUUUUUCAAACCCAUAUCCUGUCAAUACAAGCGGUCACAUCAGUGACGUUUUCCUGUCCUGGAAUAUUGCAGCAUUUUUUUUCGGAUCACGGUCAAUUUUCCUAAAGUUUCGCAUACUGUGUCCACUUCUAAACAGUCAGAUUUCGUGUUGUUGCGACUCACCAGUAUAUCUGACAUGGCAGAUAUUUCUGUCUCUCUGUCAGAGAGAUGAGAAGCAGAUGUUGUCCUCUGAACAGAGCGAUGCAGAUACAAUAACAGCAGUAAUUACCAGAGGGAACACAAACACAACAGAGUCAGACGCAGAAUCACAAAGAGCCGACAUGAACAGAAUCCAGAUCCAGAUCCAGAUCCUCCUCCAGAACAAACCAGACUCCUCUGCAGACCUCCACAGACGGUCUGUGUGCUCACACUUGUUGAAGGUUAAUUACACUUGUCCAAAUAAACCCUCUCAGUUGAUUGGUCUCUUAGCAACAGUGAGUGUUGGCUGCUGCUCCAAUAAACAGUCAGUCAGUGUAAAUUAACGAUCAGCUGUUUGUCACUCUUUAAUAAUCACAGAGUUAAAUGGGAGAAAUUAAUUCAGCUGCUGAUAAUGAGCAACAACCACAGCAACAAAACAAGACCGUCAACACCGAGACACCGGGGAGAAAACAGAAUAAACCAGAAUAAACCAGAUUAAACCAGAAUAAACCAGAUUAAAACAGAAUAAACCAGCAUAAACCAGAAUAAACCAGAUUAAACCUGAAUAAACCAGAAUAGACCAGAAUAAGCCAGAAUAAACCAGAAUAGACCAGAGUAAACCUAGUGAACUAGAACUAGAAUGGAUGCCAUCUGCCUCCUCUCUGGGUGAAGCCACUCUAAGAACAGCGCCCUCUGAUGACGGGCUGCAGUAUAGGUUAUAAAUUCCACUUCCUUAUGGAGCUGUGGACAAAUUUUAUAAAUUAUACAGGUGAUACACUCUUUGAGACGAGAGUCAUCACAGCGACUCUUCUGCUGAAUGCGUACAAUGCUACUGCGCAAUGUUGGUUUUAAGGAAGUGGAGAAAAAACGCGGAAAUACUGAGAACUUUUCGGCUUCAAAUCUGUAUACUGGAGGAAGGAGGAACCAAUUUGUCCACAGUAUAUACAGUCUGUGGUUCUGAAUGAACGUGUCGAACCACAGACUGCCUAGCCUGGCUGGGCCAUCCAGUUGCGUGAAUCACUUGCCGUUCCUUCCCACAACAGUCCGGACUUCGGCCAAUUGGGAGCCCUAAAAGUGGGCGGGAGUACUUUCCUUGAGAGACAGACUACUGUAACCAAUCACCGUAACCAAACAUCUGACGUCAUCACAGUGCGCAACUGUGUUCCCUGCAGGGCUCUCAAGCAUCGAGUAAAGGUUUGGUAAUAUUUCAACGUGUGCAAGCAAACAAUGUCUUUUACCCGCAGCAUGUGUUAGACGUCACCAUCUACACAUAGACCAAUCAGGGACUGCCUUUCCCUGUUGUCCGGGGAACAGUUCCCAAUUGGCCGAAGUCCAGACUGUUGUGGGAAGGAGCGGCAAGUGAUUCACACAACUGGAUGGCCCAGCCAGGCUACAGACUGCCCACAACCUCUGUGUGUGUGUGUGUGUGUGUGUGUGUGUGUGUGUGUGUGUGUGUAGAAGUGGCAGUGUGUUGAGGACACCGUGGGAAAACUUCGCCUCUUCAAAUGCAAGAAUGAAGGGGGAGGAGCUAAAAACUUCCGUAGAGGCGGGGUCAGCAGUCAGCGUCCAAUCAGCUUCAAGUCCCAGAUGUACCGGAAUUCUGACCCCUGCAACUGCGACCUCCCUGACCUCCGACCUCUGAACCUGCGGCCCUCCUUGAUGAGGUCAUUCAACAAGAAGCCGUUUUUCUCCAAAAAGAGUGAGUGUUUGUGUUUUUCUCCUUUAGCAGGGGGCAGCAGUGAGGGUCUGUGCGUCAACUGAUGUAACCUCCUAAACUCAGCUGAUGACCCUCUAUCAUCUUUGGUUAGACUUUGUUCUGUAGAAAGAGGAGAACUGAGUGGUCUGGGACUGGAACCAGUCCAGUUCACUGGGACUAUGACUGUAGUAACGUGUUCAGGGUCUUUCAGGGUCGGACUUUGGUUCAGGAUAUUCUCUCAUGUCUUCAUCAAUCUGAUCUUUACCAACUCCAGAACAAAGUUCUUACACUUAGGUUGUGUCCCAUUUCAGAGACUGCAUCAUCGAACGGCGCCAAACGGCGCAUUUGAAGCGUAUAUGAUGUCAUCACGCGGCGCGAACGGUGUCCCAUUUGGCACGAAAUGCUAAGAAAUGCUAAGCGAGCUUCGCAUUUUUCAAGCUUGCAUUUAUGCACGCUUUCGUGCCAUUGGUAUCCCAGAAUUCUUUGCGUGCUGCUGCACAGCUGCGCAUUUCGGAUGAGAGGCUGGACUCGCUUGGAGACACAGCUAGGCCUGUCGCGAUAAUCAAUAAAUCGCCUUAUCGCUCGGUAAAUAAAAACGAGGUCGGUCAUUUUGCCAGCCUCGAUAAUUGACGUGCGUUUGUUUUCCUCCUCUCUCGCUACCAAACACGCUGGAUGAGAGAAGAGGUCUCACUCUGCGCAUUUUUCUCGGCACCUGGGGGCGUUGGCUCUAUAGCGGAAUGAACGGAGUUAGUGAACCCUCCUGUCAGUCAUUCAGUGUCUUUGUUACGAGGGGGCGCGCGCGCAGGUACACGUAGGCGCGCACAGGCACACAGACACAGACUUUUGGAUACAGUGCUGCAAGUGAGCGUCGUGAGUGAAAAGCAAGCAAACAGAAUGAACACGACAGCUUUGGUGUCUUAACCGAACGCAACAGCCCAAGUGUGGGAAUAUUUCGGCUUUAAACCAGUUUUGUUUUCGUCAACCACAAAACUCCACGUGUGUGCGCGCGCGUGUGUCUCUGUGUUGGAGGAGCACAGCAGGCUGAUGAGAGCUGUCAGAUCGGACUGAAGCUGCUCCUAUAUGUUUAGCGUUUAACUGACUGAGUUUUGCAACUCUGUUCGUCAUUUUCGUGUCGUCCCAUCAACGUAAACGCACUUUCGUCUCGUCACAUUUUAGUCAUCUCCGACUUAUGUUUAGCUCGUCAACGUUACGUCUUCGUCGUGGGUGAAAUUAAAGUUUAUCACUUUUGACACGGUGUACUCGCAUUAUUAUGCCAUUUAAUGUCAUUAUCUAUAAUUCAAAAAAACGGUGUCAAUAAUAUCGUUUAUCGGCGAUAAUUUGUAGCAGAAUUAUCGUCCAGCAAAAUUUGUUAUCGUGACAGGCCUAGACACAGCUGUUUUUGGAUAUCUUGCAUUUUCUUUAAAGACGCGCUGCGUCUCCAAGCAAGUCCAGCCUCUCACCUGAAAUGCGCAGCUGUGCAGCGGCACGCAAAGAAUUCUGGGAUACCAACGGCAUGAAUGCCGCUUGAGAAAGGGGCUGGGGCAGUGUGGUUUUGGGACCGCAUUUGAAGCGCACUAAGUGAUGACCUCACGCACACUUCAAAUUCGGCGUUCGACGGUUGCGGUCUCUGAAAUGGGACACAGGAAGGGUACAUAACAGCACAUAACGGCACAUAAUGGCUGUGCGCUCAGCUAAGCACACUUAAGCGCGCUUAUCCCGAUAUAGCCUUAAACUGGUUCCGCACAUCUGUUUUUGUGAGGUGAUGCUGCCCCCUGGUGUUCAGGGGCUGUACUGCAUCUCCUCCCAGAUAUAGGGAGAGGUCGCUGGUGGACAUCGGUGGUGAUGAUGUUGAUGCUGAGGAUAAAGAUGAUGAGGAUAAAGAUGAUGAUGAUGAUUAUGAUAAUGAUGAUGAAUAUGUAGAUAUUAAUGAUCAUGAUAAAAAUUAUGAAGAUAAUGAUGAUAAUGAUGAUUAUGAUGAUGAUGGUGAUGAUGAUGAUGAUGAUGAGGGUGAUAAUGAUAAGAAUGAUAAUGAUGACGAUGACGAUGAUGAUGAUGAUGAUGAAGAAUAUGAUAAUGAUAAAAAUGAGGAUGAUGAUGAUGAUGAUAAAGAUAAUGAUGAUAAGGAUAAUGAUGAUUAUGAUGAAAAUGAUGAUGAUGAUGAUAAAGAUAAUGAUGAUGAAGAUGAAGAUAAUGAUGAAAAUGAUGAUGAUUAUGGUGAUGAUAAAGAUGAUGAUGAUAAAAAUGAUGAAGAUAAUAAUGAUAAUGAUGAUGAUGAUGAUGAUGAUGAUGAUAAAAAUGAUGAUGAUCAAAAUAAUUAUAAUGAUAAUAAUGAGGAGGAUGAUGAUAAAGAUAAUGAUGAUGAAAAUAUCGAUAAUGAUGAUGACGAUGAUGAUGAUUAAGAUAAUGAUGAUAAAGAUAAUGGUGAUAAUGAUGAUGAUGAUAAUUAAAAUAAUGAUGAUGAAGAUAAUGAUGAAAAUGAUAAUAAUGAUGAAAAUGAUGAUGACGAUUAAGAUAAUGAUGAUGAUGAAGAUAAUGAUAAUGAUGAUGACAAUAAUAAAGAUAAUAAUGAUGAUGAUAAAAAUGAUGCAGAUGAUAACGAUGAUGAUGAUAUUGAUGAUGAUUAAUGAUGAUGAUAAUGAUAAUAAUGUGGAAGAUGAUGAUGAUGAUAAUGAUGAUGAUAAAGAUAAUGAUGAUGAAGAUAAUGAUAAUGAUGAUGAUGACAAUGAUGAAGAUGAUAAUGAUGAUGAUGAUGAUGAAAAAAUGAUGAAGAUGAUGAAUGUUGAUGAUGAUGAAGAUGAUAAUGAUGAUGAUGAUGAUUAUGAAGAGUUGUCCUGUAAAAUGAUAUAAAUCUGUAAACUUCCUGUUUUUUUUGCAGAGUUUAAAGUCCUGAAGAGUUUCUCCAGGAACCGUUACAGCCGCUCGCUGUCUGUGACUGUGAGCGGUUACCCUGGUAACAACACCACCAUGGGGGGCGGGGAAAACUGGGCUCAGCCAAUCAGAGACGAGUCUGUGGAAGAGUUCAGUGGCAUGGGAGAAGAUCCCACCAGCAAAGAAGACUUGCCUUCCAACUCGCUCAGAGUUACACACAGGUGAGACGUGUGUGUGUGUGUGUGUGUGUGUUCAGUGUUCAGUGCUCUUGAACCUCAGGAUGGUCAGGUUGGUCUUCUGUUGUGGGUCUGAGGAUCUUCUUGUCUGGUUUGGUUUUCCUGGUUUACUUUCAUUCAGAGCUCAGCAGUGUUGCCAUGGUUACAUUUAAAUAGUAAUUGGAUUACGGAUAACUCCUUUAAAGAGUUGCUCAGAUAGUUAACAGGUUAGUUUUACACUCAGCUUCAACGUUAGAAAUAAAAAACGUUUUCUUUCCAACACUUCAUUGUAAUUUUAACAGGAAUGUAAAAAAAAAAAAAAUGUUUUCAAGAAAUAAAGAAAGUCUUUCUUAACUGACAAAACAUGAACUAUUUUUUACUGAAAAAUAGAAUAAAGUCUUUAAAUCAAUGUCUGUAUUUCCAGCCUCUCUCUUCUCCCUCUGUUGUUGUUAAUGGUAAAUUUGAGGGCAGCUGCUUUACGUGUUUGUGCACAUGUUUAACACGUGAGCGGUCAUUGUGAUGAAAACGUGACUGACGUCCCUCCCCCAAGAUAAAAACUUUUUUUUUUUUUUUUUUUUUUUUUUUUAAGGAAAAUGAGCAAAAAGUAACAAACACAGUUACUUGGACACUUCAAUCUAAUUAAAGAUUUGGAAAUAGAGAGGCCUUUAAUUACUGAAAAAUCAAAACAUUAAAGGAGCGUGUUCGUAACAUCACUGGAGCUUCUCUCUCAGUUUUAACGUUCUCAGAAAAAAAAAUACUUCAAAGAAAAAAGAGAGAUGGACUCCCAUCAGAGAAGACACAGAGGGCUCUAUUUUCGUGCCUCGCCGGAGACGUGCCGCAGGCGCAGCGUAAGUCAGGUCCGCCGCGCCGACAAGGCAUUCCCAAACACAAUUUGGUAUUUUGGUGAGAGGCGCAGCCUGGCGUAAGUAUCCCCCCUCCCUAACUCAGCUCCUCCCAGCGGCGUAAGUCGUUGCGAGGGAGGAGAGAGGGCGUGGAGUGGUUUUAACACAGCCGAGACCUGUUUUCACCAAUCACAUAAGCUCCUUUCCUUGCCUUUAAAUCUGCCAGCAGCGAGGCGUAUUACUAUUUUCAUGAAGUAGUCAAAGAGAUCAAGAGAUGUCUGAAGACAGUAAUGCCACAAGAUGGCGACAGAAGGCAGCUCCUCAACAAGUGUCCUCCACACUCUCUCAUAUGAGCACAGAUGGAUUUGGUGUGUGUAAUGUUGGACCCACUGGUAAGACAAACACCCUUUUCCACAAAUAAAGACACUCACAUAAAGUUAACUCAUAUAUUCAAACCUCACGUGACAAAGGUGGGUUGAGCGCACAGAUCACAACAUAAACUCCAAUAAAAGCAUUAAAAUCGGAACCAUCUGUGCGUAAAUGACGCAUCGCGCUCCGUGGCUUGGCUCUUUCUUUCAUAGAUGUUGGCAUAUAAAAUAAAUUUGGCUCACAAAACUGAAUAUUAUAAUAUCCGCAUGUAGGCUUAAAUUAAAUAACUCAUCUGAUCAUUGAAACAAAUCAUCUGUUCAGCCGCUGCAGGAUGGAGAGAGGACACAGAGACAUGUCCAGGUCGAGCUGUGCGAGAAAUAAGAGGAAGAAAGAAAAAGAGGGAGACGAAUCACAUAUCUUGUUAACUUCAUCGUGUGUUUAUUUACUAGAUAUUUAAUUUAAUUUAAUGCAUUUUCAGCUGUGUUGAUUCGGUCAGUUUGUGUGUCCAAACGCUUGCCAAACGCGCUCAUCAGAUCAGAUAUAGAUCAGAAUAUAUCUAUAUAGAUCUAAAUGUAUGUGCUGACUCAGAUUGAUAGUUGUUGAUGAUUAUUUAUUGCACAGAAAUGUGCCUGAUACUGUGGAAACCUGCCGGUGAGGCAUCAGUGAUGUAUGCAGAUACGCCGCUGGUCUACCAAAAUACCACUAGACCAGCUGCGCUGAAAGCUGACCAGGUCUGAAUCGGCGAGCUUUCAGCGCACAUUACACGCCACUGGCGAACACGAAAAUGUCACUGUGCCCGCUGAUUCUGUCGACACCUCCCCCUGCCACGCCACCACGCCCAGCUUGGCGGAUCUCGGCUCUCCUCCGUGCGCCUCAGUCCAAGAAAAUACCAAACUGGCUGUACCCCGGGCUCCGCCAGAUGAAAAUACAACUGGGCGGGGUCCGCCACCCUCCGUCACCUCACCAGCGAACAUGAAAAUAGAGUCCAGGGAGUCCAGACUCACUCAGGCUGAAAAUUUCCUCGACAAUCACUCCAUCACUCACUCAUAUCUUAAGGUGACUACAGAGGACUGAGACUACAGACAAGAUCCUGGAUAUUAAAGAGUUUUCAGGAGUCCCUCAGCUGAUAUGAGUCCUCUGAAAGUCUAAACUCGCUCUUCUUCUCUGGGUGUUCCUGUGAAGUUGGGAGUGUUUCCAUAACAGCUGAUAAUUAAUCCUGACUAAAGGAGACUCUGUGCCUGACCAUAUACCGAAGUAUAUCGUAUAUGAUAAUCGCACAAAAAAAAGUGCUCCCGGUGGGAAAGGACCUUAAGACCGGACAACUGAAGGACAUGUAAACACCUUUGUCCGACUAUGAUCAGAGUUUCACACAGCGAAUAGGUUUCCAUUUAAAUCGAUGCGACGUCGCACACAGGACGCGUUGCUGCUUUGUAUCAGAAACGUGUCGGGGGAAACCCAAACUGUAAAAUCACUUUAAGCUUUUUCACAGACAGUCACUGAAUUAUAUCCCAAUUAUCAGGAAAUCAACCACAGAAAGGAAAAAAUACCUGUUGUAAGCAUGUUGUUUCCUCUAUACUGAGCCCAGCUGACAGGCACUGCACUAUGCUGCUGCUACAAUGCUCCAAAUACACUGAUCCUGUAUGAGAUACCCAACGCUGCACUACGCUGCUGCUACGCUUCAAAUACACUGAUCCUGUAUAAGAUACCCAAAGCUGCACUACGCUGCUGCUAUGCUCCAAAUACACUGAUCCUGAAUGAGAUACUUAACGCUGCACUACGCUGCUGCUAUGCUUUAAAUACACUGAUCCUGUAUGAGAUACCUAACGCUGCACCACGCUGCUGCUACGCUCAAAAUACACUGAUCCUGUAGGAGAUACCCAACGCUGCUGCUACGCUCCAAAUACACUGAUCCUGUAUGAGAUACUUAACACUGCACUACACUGCUGCUGCGCUUCAAAUACACUGAUCCUGUAUAAGAUACCCAAUGCAGCACUAUGCUGCUGCUACGCUCCAAAUACACUAUUCCUGUAUGAGAUACCCAAAGCUGCACUAUGCUGCUGCUAUGCUCCAAAUACACUGAUCCUGUAUGAGAUACCUAACGCUGCACCAUGCUGCUGCUACGCUCCAAAUACACUGAUCCUGUAUGAGAGACCCAACGCUGCACUACGCUGCUACGCUCCAAAUACACUGAUCCUGUAUGAGAUACCCAAUGCUGCACUACGCUGCUGCUACAAUGCUCCAAAUACACUGAUACUGUAUGAGAUACCCAACGCUGCACUACGCUGCUGCUACAAUGCUCCAAAUACACUGAUACUGUAUGAGAUACUCAACGCUGCACUACGCUGCUGCUACGCUUCAAAUACACUGAUCCUGUAUGAGAUACCUAACGCUGCACCACGCUGCUGCUACGCUACAAAUACACUGAUCCUGUAUGAGAGACCCAACGCUGCACUACGCUGCUAUGCUCCAAAUACACUGAUCCUGUAUGAGAUACCCAAUGCUGCACUACGCUGCUGCUAUGCUCCAAAUAUACUGAUCCGUAUGAGAUACUUAACACUGCACUACGCUGCUGCUACAAUGCUCCAAAUACACUGAUACUGUAUGAGAUACCCAACGCUGCACUACGCUGCUGCUACGCUCCAAAUACACUGAUCCUGUAUGAGAUACCCAACGCUGCACUACGCUGCUGCUAUGCUUCAAAUACACUGAUCCUGUAUGAGAUACCUAACGCUGCACCACGCUGCUGCUACGCUCCAAAUACACUGAUCCUGUAUGAGAUUCCAAACGCUGCACUACGCUGCUGCUAAGCUCCAAAUACACUGAUCCUGUAUGAGAUACCCAACGCUGCACUACGCUGCUGCUACGCUUCAAAUACACUGAUCCUGUAUGAGAUACCUAACGCUGCACCACGCUGCUGCUACGCUACAAAUACACUGAUCCUGUAUGAGAGACCCAACGCUGCACUACGCUGCUAUGCUCCAAAUACACUGAUCCUGUAUGAGAUACCCAAUGCUGCACUACGCUGCUGCUAUGCUCCAAAUAUACUGAUCCGUAUGAGAUACUUAACACUGCACUACGCUGCUGCUACAAUGCUCCAAAUACACUGAUACUGUAUGAGAUACCCAACGCUGCACUACGCUGCUGCUACGCUUCAAAUACACUGAUCCUGUAUAAGAUACCCAAAGCUGCACUACGCUGCUGCUAUGCUUUAAAUACACUGAUCCUGUAUGAGAUACCUAACACUGCACCACGCUGCUGCUACGCUCCAAAUACACUGAUCCUGUAGGAGAUGCACAACGCUGCACUACGCUGCUGCUAAGCUCCAAAUACACUGAUCCUGUAUGAGAUACCCAACGCUGCACUACGCUGCUGCUACGCUUCAAAUACACUGAUCCUGUAUGAGAUACCUAACGCUGCACCACGCUGCUGCUACGCUACAAAUACACUGAUCCUGUAUGAGAGACCCAACGCUGCACUACGCUGCUAUGCUCCAAAUACACUGAUCCUGUAUGAGAUACCCAAUGCUGCACUACGCUGCUGCUAUGCUCCAAAUAUACUGAUCCGUAUGAGAUACUUAACACUGCACUACGCUGCUGCUACAAUGCUCCAAAUACACUGAUACUGUAUGAGACACCCAACGCUGCACUACGCUGCUGCUACGCUUCAAAUACACUGAUCCUGUAUGAGAUACCCAAUGCUGCACUACGCUGCUGCUAUGCUCCAAAUAUACUGAUCCGUAUGAGAUACUUAACACUGCACUACGCUGCUGCUACAAUGCUCCAAAUACACUGAUACUGUAUGAGAUACCCAACGCUGCACUACGCUGCUGCUACGCUUCAAAUACACUGAUCCUGUAUAAGAUACCCAAAGCUGCACUACGCUGCUGCUAUGCUUUAAAUACACUGAUCCUGUAUGAGAUACCUAACACUGCACCACGCUGCUGCUACGCUCCAAAUACACUGAUCCUGUAGGAGAUGCACAACGCUGCACUACGCUGCUGCUAAGCUCCAAAUACACUGAUCCUGUAGGAGAUACUUAACACUGCACUACACUGCUGCUGCGCUUCAAAUACACUGAUCCUGUAUAAGAUACCCAAUGCAGCACUAUGCUGCUGCUACGCUCCAAAUACACUAUUCCUGUAUGAGAUACCCAAAGCUGCACUAUGCUGCUGCUAUGCUCCAAAUACACUGAUCCUGUAUGAGAUACUUAACGCUGCACUACGCUGCUGCUAUGCUCCAAAUACACUGAUCCGUAUGAGAUACUUAACACUGCACUACGCUGCUGCUAUGCUUCAAAUACACUGAUCCUGUAUGAGAUACCUAACGCUGUACCACGCUGCUGCUGCUACGCUCCAAAUACACUGAUCCUGUAUGAGAGACCCAACGCUGCACUACGCUGCUAUGCUCCAAAUACACUGAUCCUGUAUGAGAUACCCAAUGCUGCACUACGCUGCUGCUAUGCUCCAAAUAUACUGAUCCUGUAUGAGACACUUAAAGCUGCUGAAAUGCUCCAAAUACACUGAUCCUGUAUGAGACACUCAAUGCUGCUCUACAGAGAAAUGACGUGACGCUGACGGAGUACGCUUAGUACAGAUCCUGUAUGUUUUGAGUCUUAAUGCCAACAUGUUGUUUCUGAUGUCUUUUUCUGCAGAUGCUCCAUCCUGUCCAACGCCACGGUCAAGUGUGACAAAGGCGUGUAUCGGUCUCUGCAGGCGUGGAAGGACCACAAGCUCCACAUCGACCACGAGGUACGUCCAAAAAUAGAACUAAAAACCUGAACGCUGUCUCUGAACUUCGACUGAACCUCCUCUCUGUGUCAGAUCGAGACGCUGCAGACCAAGAUCAAGAACCUGAGAGAGGUCAGAGGUCACCUGAAGAAGUCCCGCCCCCUUGAGUGUGACUGUAAUAAAUACCUGUAAGUGACGCAGCAGUAGGUCAGGGUGAGAGGUCCAACAGCUGCUGGGGUUAAAGGUCAUCCCUGUUUUUCAGGUACCAGUCCAAACUCAAGACCAAGAUGAGGUUCAGAGGAGGAGGAGGAGGAGGAGGAGGAGUCCAUCCUUUCAGGUGAAACCGUCCCACCUGAGACUCUGACCCCCUGAACCUGACCCCUCUGUAUUUGUAUCAUAUGACCUUAAAAUGUAAACAUUUGUGUGUGUGUGUGUGUGUGUGUGUGUGUGUGUGUGUGUGUGUGUGUGUGUGUGUGUGUGCGCAGAAAGGGCGGAGCUCGGGACAAGAAGGCGUGGUUUAUCAAGGAACAGAAGAGGAGGAAAAAAAUGAGGAAGAUGAUCAAAAGGAUCCGAAACAACGACACCUGUUCGAUGCCUGGACUCACAUGCUUCACACACGACAACCAGCACUGGCACACGCCGCCAUACUGGAACAGUGGAACAGUAAGACGCACAUACACAAACACACACACACACACACACACACACACACACACUAACCUGUUAAAGCACAGGUGUUCUUACCUGUGUGUGUGUGUGUGUGUGUGUGUGUGUGUGUGUUGCAGUGGGUCCGUUCUGCGCUUGCACCAGCGCCAACAACAACACCUACUGGUGUCUGAGGACCAUCAACGAGUCCCACAACUUCCUGUUCUGUGAGUUUGCCACCGGAUUCCUGGAGUAUUUUGACCUCAACACGGACCCGUACCAGGUACACACACACACACACACACACACACACACUCUCUCUCUCUCUCUCUCUCUCUCUCUCUCUCUCUCUCACCUUUGUCACCUCCACACUCUACAUAUCAUAUCAUGCUCUUAAAAAGCAGCUGCUGCCAUCUAGUGGAAGAUUAGGGUUAUUCAACACUUCAGAGCUCUGAUUGAAACGUCUGUGUCAUCAGUCCCUACAGUAAUUAUGUUGACCACGCCUCCUCUCAUCUGAGUUCAGGUGUAGAGGUCACUGUGAAGGUCACAGCUUCAUGUUUCUGUCUUUCUGUUUCAGCUGAUCAACGCCGUCAGCUCUUUGGAUCGGACCGUCCUCAACCAGCUCCACGUUCAGCUGAUGGAGCUGAGAGGCUGCAGAGGACACAAACAGUGUAACCCUCGCACACGCUCAGUGGACCAGGGUAUGACACACACACACACCAUCUCAGAUACACUCAUACUGGGUUAUUAACCCAUCUGAGUCUGAGGGAAACUUCGGUCACUUUGGGGUCAAUAAGGGGGGGGGGGGGGGGGGCUUUUAUGUGAGGACACAUCUGGAGUUUUAGCCACUCCCUUCGUGUCCAUGUGACGUCCAAACCUCCAACAGCUGCUGGAUUACUGAGACGAGUUAGUGCCGUAACCAGAGGGGAAGGUACUGUAGUCUUCAUAGAUAAUAAUAAUAGUAUUAUAGUAAUAAUCCUCUGUGAGGGUCCAAAGGUCAUACUCUGAGCCUUUCUGGUACUGGGAUCAGAACACUGACCUCUGACCCAGUUUAUAAGAGUCUUUGUUAAAUAGUUUAUUUGGUUUUCUGCAGACUAGUUUCUCAGAUACUUCUUCCGACAAAUAUGACUUUGUCAACAUUUAUGAGGUUUUAUCUCAGUGUCUCCAACUUCAAAUAAAACUGCUGAAAAGGUUGUUUGAUAGUCCUAGUUAGAUACUGAUUAUCAUUAGCGAAUUAUUAUCAAAAGGUUAUGAUCAUCAUUAGGUGAUAAUUAUCAUUAGGUUAUGAUUAUCAUUAAGUAAUAAUUAUCAUAAGUUUAUAAUUAUCAUUGGGUUAUGAUUAUCAUUAAGUAAUAAUUAUCAUAAGUUUAUAAUUAUCAUUGGGUUAUGAACAUCGUAAUGUUAUGAUUAUCAUUAGGUUAUUAUUAUUAUUAGGUUGUGAUCAUCGUUAUGUUAUGAUUAUCAUUAGGUUAUAAUUAUCAUUUGACUAUGAUUAUCAUUAGGUUAUUAUUAUUAUUAGGUUGUGAUCAUCGUAAUGUUAUGAUUAUCAUAAGAUUAUAAUUAUCCCUAGAUUAUGAUUAUCAUUAUGUUAUGAUUAUUAUUAGGUGAUGAUAAUCAUUAGAUUAUUAUUAUCAUUAGUUUAUGAUUACCAUGAGUUUAUCAUUAUUAUUAGGUUAUGAUAAUUGUUAGGUUAUGUCAUAAUUAUGUUAGAAGAUACAGGUUCCCUGAUGUGUGAGUAGACCAGAACUCGUUCUAACACACACGGUCAAAAGAAAACCUGCUGAUUGGCUGUCUCUUCAUCAGGAGGGCAGGAACAAAGCAGCUUUGACGACUACAGGUACGCACACACUUAACAGACACAGACUUGUUUCCUGCUGCAUGGUUACCUCAGGUUUUACCUCAUGGUAACUCAGUGUGCGUUAGUGUGUAACUCAGUGUGUGAGUGUGUGUAACUCAGUGUGUGUUUGUGUGUAACUCAGUGUGUGUUUGUUGCAUCAGGCUGUUUGAAAGAAGGAAGUGGCCGCGAGUCAAGAGACCUUCAUCGUCUCGAACCCUGUGAGUCUUCCUUUCUGUCUGGACUGCUUACCGCUCAACAGCACCAUCUGUCGGUCCAUUCAUUCGUCAUUUUGUCCAUCAGUGGUUGCAAAAAAACGUCCCAGUCUUACUCAUACACACUGAUGUCUUUCUUCUGUCAGUUCACACAAAAUCAACCUUUUUUUCAAAAGUUUUGAGGGUUUCUGUUUUAGGCUGACUGGAUUCACAGAGAGAAUUAAAGAGUUAAUUAAAUUAAAGAGCAUUAAAGAGUUAAUUAUAUUAAAGAGAAUUGAAGACUUAAUUCAAUUAAAGAAAAUUAAAGACUUAAUUCAAUUAAAGAGAAUUAAAGACUUAAUUCAAUUAGAGAGCAUUAAAGAGUAUUUGACACUGAGUCCUCCUCCUUUACACACAUGAAAAAACACCAAAAAAACACACACGUGACAACGUAAACUCAGAAAAAUAUGAACAAACAUCUGAUAAUGAAAUUAAGGACACUCUACUCACCUGUGCAGUUUGAUGUUAGACUUUAAUUAUAGUCAAAGAGUAAAACCUGAGAGCAAGACAAGAGAAUUAUGGGCAACAGGGGAGUCUAAUUCUUAAUCCAAAGUAAACAUGUGAGUCUAAUCCUAAAUCUGAAGUAAACAGGUGAGUCAAAUCCUUAAUCUGAAGUAAACAGGUGAGUGUAGUUCUUUAUCCUGAAGUAAACAGGUGAGUCUAGUUCUUUAUCAAGAGUAAACAGAUGAGUCAAAUCCUUAAUCUGAAGUAAACAGGUGAGUCUAAUCCUUAAUUUGAAGUAAACAAGUGAGUGUAAUCCUUAAUCUGAAGCAAACAGGUGACUAUCAUCCUUAAUCUGAAGUAAUCAGAGGCCUGUACUACAAAGCUGGAUUUGGUUUUAGCGAGAUAACUUGUGGGUUUUCCGUACUACGAAGGUGGAUCUCUUUUUAUCCGGGUCCGUUGCCCCGGUAACUUACGCGCAACGCCAAACCUGCUCAGAAGCAGGUUAUGUUUCAGGAUAAGAUCUCAGCAGGUACAGUCCCUGACAAAAGUCUUGUCGCUUGGGUACAAGUUGACCUUAAGUGCCCCUCAAAUAUAUGUGCAAUAAAAUUUUUUUUACAAGAAAAGUCUAAUUUUAAUCCCAACAGUGUUUGAAAUAAUGUUUUGGUGCCAAAUGAAACUGCUGAAAAGCAUUCUAAUGUUCACAGCUUGGUAAAGCCCACUAAGUCAGUUUUUGCACAGACAAAAGUCUUGUCGCCUUGUCAUAUGAUGCACCCAAUCCAAGAUUACAGCCUCACCUGUGAUCAAUUAUUGACCAAUCAAUUAGUGGGUGUAUAGAAAGAACCACAGCACACCAGACCUUCACAUCAACUGCAACUUGAUCUCUGACAACAUGCCUAAGAUUCACCCUGAGACCAAAGCUUUGAUCAUCAAGAGGCUGAAGACCAGAUCCACUGCUGAGGUGGCUGACACCUUCAAUGUGUCUCAGCGUCAAGUACAAAGGAUAAGAAAAAGAUUUGAAGAGACUGGAGAUGUUUUUGACAAGCCCAGGCCCAGCAGACCCCGAAGGACAACUGCUCGGGAGGACCGUUUGUUGGCUUGAAAAUCCAAGGCCAGCCCCUUUUCCACUGCAGCAGAGCUCCACCAGGUCUGGUCACCUCAAGUCCCUGUGUCAACCAGAACAGUUUGUUGAAUUCUGUCUCGACAUGGCCUCCAUGGUGGAAUCAGUGCCCAGAAACCAGCACUAAACAAAAAGCAAUUAAAAAAACGUGUGGCAUUUGCCAAGGCCCACAGCCUGCUAAAAGGAUGCACGCUGGAAAAGUGGCAGAAGGUGGAUUUUUCUGAUGAAUCUUCGGUUGAAUUACAUCCCAACCGCUGCAAAUAUCGCAGGAGACUUACUGGAGUCUGCAUGGAUCCGAGAUUCACCCAGAAAACAAUUAAGUUUGGUGGUGGAAAAAUCAUGGUCUGGGGUUGCAUCCAGCAUGGAGGUGUGCGAGAGAUUUGCAGGGUGAAAGGCAAUAUCAAUAGCCUAAAAUAUCAAGAAGUAUUAGCUACCUCUUACAUUCCCAACCAUAAAAGGGGUCAAAUUUUGCAGCAGGAUGGUGCUCCAUCGCAUACUCAGAUCUCUACAGCAAAGUUCCUCAAGGCGGAGAAGAUCAAGGUGCUCCAGGACUGGCCAGCCCAGUCACCAGACAUGAACAUCAACGAGCAUGUCUGGGGUAAAAUGAAAGAGGAAGCAUGGAAGACGAAACCAAAGAAUCUUGAUGAACUCUGGGAGGCAUGAAAGACUGCGUUCUUUGCUAUUUCUGAUGACUUCAUCAAUAAAUUGUAUGAAUCGUUGUCGAACCGCAUGGAUGCAGUUCUUCAGGCUCAUGGAAGUCAUACAAGAUAUUAAAUAUGGAUCUCACAGCACCACUACUUGAUUCACUGAUGUUGUGCAACAUAUUUUUGUAUUUGAAGUAAAUUAUUUGUUCAAUUUUCACAUUACUCUAUGUAGGCGUCAAAACUUUUGUCUUGCCAAAAUCUGACCUUUCUGUGUUCAUUAAAUGAUCAAUCUUUCUUCAGUGAAGGAAAUUUAUUUUAGAUUUUAAACAUAAUUUGGGAGGGUUUUAGCUUUCAUAUGAGCCAUUUCUAAAACCAAUGGAUUAAUGACAAGUCAGGUUAUAAGCUGUUGUUUCUACAAAAUGGAUAAGUGACAAGACUUUUGUCAGGCACUGUAUAAAAGACUGCCCAAUGACCAAUCGGAUCUCUUGGAAAAUGGCUUGCCCACUUUUGCCGGAUCCCGGGGACAUCGUUGCACGGAUAGUGAGAGGAGCGCUUCGCGUUUAUUCAUGAUCGUUCAAAUCCGUUUGAUUUACCUGAUGACGUUCUCUAUGAACGUUACAGGUUUUCCUCGGACGGCCUGAAUAUAGCAUGAAGUCUAAGCAAUGCACUAAUAUUUGCCAAGCUCCAGGUUCCAAUUUCAUGCAGCAUAUCAGUCAUCAUUCAGAAUUUAUUGAAGCAGAUUAGAAAACUCCUCUUAACCCCAAAUGUGUCUGCAGAUGACAUGUGACCAUCAGAUGAAGAAGAAAAAAAAGGCAGUGUGAGGAAAUCACCGUUUACGCGUUGAAAUAUGUACAAAUAAAAUCUGCCAAUAAACUUACAAACUACUUUAAAGGAUGUUUUUAGAUUUAUUUUUAUUUGCUCCCACGUACUCUUUUCCCCACUACAAACAAGUGAGUGUUAUCCUUAAUCUGAAGUAAACAGGUGAGUCUAGUUCUUCAUCAAAAGUAAACAGAUGAGUCAAAUCCUUAAUUUGAACUAGACAGGUGAGUCCAAUUCCUAAUCUGAACUAAACAUUUAAGUUUUAUCCUUAAUCUUUAUUAAACAGGUGAGUCUAGUUCUUUAUCUGAAAAAAAAAACAAAAAACCAGGCGAGUCAAAUCCUUUAUCUGAACUAAACAUGUUAGUCUUAUUCUUGAUCUAAAGUAAACAGGUGAGUCUUAUCUUUAAUCUGAAGUAAACAGGCGAGUCAAAUCCUUGAUCUGAAUCUGAACAGUUAGUUCAUCCGCAGCAUCAUGUUUUCCUGUGUGUUUCUGUGUGUUUUUCUGCGUUGUAGUUAAAUGUUUUUUUUCGCCCUCUCGUUUACUUUCCUCUCUUGCUGAUCCCUGAUCUGUCAGCUUGUUUUUGUCGUCUGCAUGCUCCUCUGUAAACACAGUAUUCACUGGACCUCACACACAGACAAACUGGUCUGACUGGUAAACUGCUCUGACUGGUCUGAACCAGAACCAGAACCUGAACCUGACUUGACUUGUGUUUCCUUUAAGUAGAGGUCCAAUCUGGGAUGGCUGGAAGGGCUGA